AGCGAGGUCGCCUCAAACGCUCAACAUGUGAAACUGUUUUCCUUUUUAAUUUCUAGCUUCGCGAAGAAAACGUUUUUAUACAUGAUCGAUUUGAUUAAAUCGUGUGAAUUAAACCUGACCGAGUUUGAAUGCGUCAGCUCCGUUUCUUCUGUCUUCGGACACUUGACGGUUCUCGCAGCCACAGCCCAUCAUGAGGAAAUCUUUAGAUCAAAAUGAGGAUUAAUAUUAGCGAAACAGCGUCCUUGUGUCUUUUCCUGCUGGUCAUGGAUGGUGUGUUUGGUUCUGAUGGAGAUGCAAUAAAGUCAGUAUCAGUGACUGAGGGAGAUUCUGUCACUCUAAACACUGAUGUUACUGAAGUACAGAGAGAUGAUCAGAUACUGUGGAUGCUUGGAUCUAAAGACACCCGUAUCGCUGAACUCUAUAAGCACAGCGUUGAUAUGUUUAGCAGUAAUGAGAUGUUUGGAGACAGACUGGAGAUGAACCCUUUGACUGGAUCUCUGACCUUCAGAAACAUCACAACCACAGACUCUGGACUUUAUAAACGACGGAUCCACAGCAACAGCGGGAAAUCAGAGAAGAUAUUCAACCUUACUGUCUACGCUCACCUGCCUGUUCCUCGCAUCACCAAGUGUUCAUCAUCUAAAACCUGUUCAGUGUCCAGAUGUUCGCUGCUGUGUUCGGUGGUGAACGUGGGUCAUGUGACUCUCUCCUGGUACAAAGGAAACAGUUUAUUGUCCAGCAUCAGUGUGUCUGAUCUCAGCAUCAGUCUCUCUCUACCUCUGGAGGUGGAAUAUCAGGAGAAUAACACCUACAGCUGUGUGAUCAACAACCCCAUCAGAAACCAGACUCAACAUGUGGACAUCAGUGAAGUCUGUGCAGUUCCAGAUUUAUCUGGAAAGCUCUUUGCGACGUUGAUACCUGCAGUAGUUCUGGCUAUGCUUGCCGUUGUGACGUACUGUCUUUACAGGAAAUACAGAAGAUCGAGGCCAAAAGUCAAUUAUUUUGAACCAUCUGCUCAUGCACCUGAAACAGUUCAGACGGACGUCGGUGAAGUAGCUUACGCCGAAACCACAUUUGUCCCGAACGUACAAAACAAGAAAACUAACGGGACGGAAGAGACCAUAUACUCCACUGUCAAUGCACACUGAUCAGAAGAGCUGCAGCCAUUCACCACAGUGACCUUACGCCCGUGCAUCUGUCAGCGUUGCAAACUUCGCUCUUUAUAUUCUAAUCUGUUUUCAAGACCGAACAACAUUUAACUGCAUUGACUUUUACUGUAUAGUCCAUAGAAAACGUCAUACAAGGCUUGGAGAGUAAAUGACAGAAGGAUCAUUAAGCGGACAGCUAGCACGUCUAAUAUAUAGAAACUGAAAGCCCGAACAACUCUUCUUAUUUUUUUGCAUAUCCAAAUUCUCCUCCGACGAACAAAUAGAUAUUUUGCAUGGAGACACAGCAACAGUGACUGACUGAAGCAAGAAACUUCCUUCUUGUACAAGAGCAUGCGUAUUGAGAACAUUAAAGUUCGGAAACUUCA